AAAACCCCCUUUGAUAGUUUCAUUGCAAGUUUCACCUUAUCACUUCAUACUUCCUACAACCUUCAACAAUGGCAACACUCUCAUUCUCUCUCCUCCCCAAAACCCUUCCAAUUAUCCCUUCACCACAACCCCUUAAACCCUCUAUUACUUCUCCUUAUCACCCCUCAAUCUCUCUCCUCUCUCUUCGCCCACAAUCAUGGAGCCCAAAUCAAACCACCUCACAUUCCAGAAGCUUCGCAAUUAGGGCUGCUGUUGAUGGGGAUUACUCUUCUAAGAGAAGCAAAAGCAACAAUGGCGAGCAGAGGGAAACGAUAAUGUUACCUGGCUGUGACUAUAACCAUUGGUUGAUUGUUAUGGAGUUUCCUAAAGACCCUGCUCCUACUAGGGAACAAAUGAUUGAUACUUAUCUCAAUACUCUUGCUACUGUUUUGGGAAGCAUGGAAGAGGCAAAGAAGAACAUGUAUGCUUUUAGUACCACAACCUACACUGGUUUCCAAUGUACAGUAGAUGAAGAAACAUCUGAAAAAUUCAAGGGAUUGCCAGGAGUUCUGUGGGUGUUGCCUGAUUCUUACAUAGAUGUUAAAAACAAGGAUUAUGGAGGGGACAAGUAUAUCAAUGGUGAGAUUAUUCCUUGCAAGUAUCCCACAUAUCAACCUAAGCAACGCAAUACUUCUAAAUAUGAGAGUAGAAGGUAUGAGAGACGGCGAGAUGGUCCCCCUGGAACUGCUCCUAGAAAAUCAAAACAAGAAAGUGCACCCUCUGAAUCAGCCUCCUGAUAAGGUUGGCUAUAAUGUGAAAUGACAUAGCUUAUGGAGAGAUUGGUUGCAUCUUGCUGAAUGUCGAUGAGCAGUCAUGCGUGCAUGGUCAAGUAUAGCUUUACACUGCUUAUAUGGUGAGGGUGUAUUGCAACAUGAACAGCCUUUUAUUGUAAGGCCAUAAAGCUUGCAAAGUAGUCCAUUUAUAGAAUCAGAGCCAUUGAUGUAAGAGUAUGACAUGUAGGAGUCUCUUUGACGGUGCUACAAGAAUUUUGUGAUAGCUCUUUGCACUUGUUUGCUGUCAAAUAGACUGUACAUUUUGUUAUAGACUAAAGCAUGUUUUCAUCAUUAGUCAUUUGUGGUUGUACAUCAGGCAUAUGACCACUUUAGUUA